AUGCGCGGGGGCGGCGCGGCGCAGCGCGCAGGCGCGGGCCGGGCCGCCAUGGCGGCGGCGCCUGAGGCCUUCCUGGUGCCGCCGCCGCCGCCGCCUCCUCCGCCUCCUCCUCCUCCUCCCGCCGCCGCCGCACCGGAGCCGCCGCGGCCCCGCAAUGGCCUCCGCACCGCGGGCGGCGGCGGCAAGCGGCGGAGCAGCUGCGGCGCCAAGCAGCCGGCGUGGAAGCGGCGGCGCCGCGCGGCCUCGGAGUGCGGCCCGGUGCUGCCGUCCGAGUUCCUGCUCGGCGGGAACAUCUUCGACCCCCUGAACCUCAACAGCCUGCUGGACGAGGAGGUGAGCCGCGCCCUGAACGCCCGCACGCCGCAGUCCUCCCCGCUGCCGCAGCGCGGCCGGGACCCGGUGGAGAUCCUGGUGCCGAGGGACAUCACGGACCCGCUGAGCCUGAACGCGCCGGGCGACGCGCUCCGCCUGGCCUCGCCGGCCAAGAGCGCCCGGCGGCGGCACCGGCACCGCGGCCAGCAGCGCAACAACGCCGCCAACAGCGCCGCCGGCGCCGAGGAGCCCGGCCGCCCCGCCGAGCCCGCCGCCCCGCCGUGCCCCGCCGGCCGCCACCGCAAGCGCCGACGGACUUGCAGCAAAUCCGACCCUCCGCGCCCCGCCGCGCCCUCGGAAAAACCGAAACCCGGCGGCAAAGCCCCGCAGCGGCCGCGCCGCCAGGCGCGCAAGUUCCAGUACGGGAAUUACUGCAAAUAUUACGGGUACCGCAACCCCGACGUGGAGGACGCGCGGCUGCGGGCGCUGCGGCCCGAGUGGUUCGCGGGCAAGGAGGUGCUGGACGUGGGCUGCAACGUGGGGCACCUCACCCUGAGCAUCGCCAAGCGCUGGGCGCCCGCCAGGGUGGUGGGGCUGGACAUUGACGGGCGGCUGAUCCGCUCGGCGCGGCAGAACAUCCGCCACUACCUCUCCGAGGGGCUGGGGGCGGACGGCGAGGCCGCCGCCGGGCUCAGGAAAGGUUUCCCCGCCGCGCUCCUGGCCAGCCGGGGCCCCAUCGCCGCCCCGCAGCUGCCGCCCGACGGGCCCGGCGCCGCGGAUUUCCCGCACAACGUGGUGUUCGUCACG